GACAACAAAUUUUCACAUUUUUAAAUUUUAUUUUCGAGAUAAAAUGGAAUCGACAAUAGAUAUCUCAAAGUUUCGUGUAAAGGGUGCUGACGCCGACGUUCCCUACCGCAGAUUCAACACAUCUCUCAAGGACUGCAAUGCUGACCUUUUUAUCACAGCAUUUGCAGAGCAUAUGAAGCUCAAGGGAUACAUUGAGUGCCCCAAGUGGAUCGACUAUGCCAAAACAAGUGUAGCAAAGGAAUUGUCUCCGCAGAACCCAAACUGGUUCUACGUUAGGGCUGCCGCUAUCUUGCGUCACUUGUACUUUCACCCAGAUUCCGGUAUUGAUAGACUUAGGAAGGUUUACAGCAGCAAGAAGCGCAACGGAUCUGCUCCAAAUCAUACUUGCAGAGCCUCUGGAAAGAUUAUUCGUUCCAUUGUUCAGCAGCUCGAAUCGGUUGGUUUCCUUGAGCAGGACAUGUUGAAGCAUGGCAGGAGACUCUCUAGAAAGGGAUGUAACACUGUAAAUGCAUUUGCGAGGCAGCUGACCAAGGAGGUCCAUGCCCUCAAGGGUGCUCAGUAAUUUGUCUGGUAGUUU